CCGGGAACGAUGGCCGUCGAUAAUUUUCUCUUCGGCCAGUGCAUCCUUUACUUUUUAGCAUUUCUUUUCGGUUUUAUCGCCGUAGUGCCGCUCUCUGAAAACGGCGAUGACUUCCAGGGCAAAUGUCUGCUGUUUACUGAGGGAAUUUGGCAAAAUGAGAACAUGACGAUGGGGAAACAGCGCUUUAUAGUUGAAGAAUGGGGACCAGAGUCAUCCUGUCGCUUCAUCACUUUCGUGGGCAUCGUGUCUCUCAUCCUCUCAGCCGUGCAGGCGUGGCGGACCUUUUUCUUCCUCUGCAAAGGCCACGACGACUCUCUCUUCCAUUCUUUCUUGAACCUCCUCCUGUCUCUCUUGGUGUUAUUUGUGGUGUUUGUGGCCGGUACAAUCUCCAGCGUUGGGUUCAGUAUAUGGUGUGAUUCUGUCACUGAGAAUGGAGCAAUGCCUAGCAGCUGUGAAGAUCUACAGGACACAGAUUUAGAGCUUGGUGUUGACAACUCAUCUUUUUAUGACCAGUUUGCUAUUGCUCAGUUUGGCCUGUGGUCGGCCUGGUUAUGCUGGCUAGGUCUAACAGUGCUGGCCUUCCUAAAGGUUUACCAUAACCACCGACAGCAGGAGCUGCUAGAGAGUCUAGUUCAAGAGAAGGAGCUUCUGCUUGGUCAUCCUUUACAGAGGAGUUCUUAUGCGUACAACAGAAAUGCCAUGAUUUAGUCCAACAUUUACAGUAAUCCAUUUGCACUGCAUGAACCACUUUCUGAGAGCAGAAUUAAGCCAUCAACAUAUUUUUAUAAAUAGCAUACAUCACAGAUUAGAUUAAGUCUUUAGAGUCAUUACAAGCUAUGUUCAUUUAUAUACUGGUCAUGGAGCAGGGUUAAAAUAUUUCUCUUCAGACAUUUCAUCAAGCUGUACAUGUUCAUAUUCACUCUCAUUUUCACAGUAUUAAGGCAUAAGAAGACUGAUAUAUUGUGUUGUAUCUUUUAAGAAACCAGCUGUGCAUUUAUUAGGCUCAGUAAAGCGUUAUGAGGACACACUUUUAACAGAUGUCACAGUUUCAUUAAGUUCAUUUAGACGCGACAUAAAAAGUCUGCUACAGAUACAAACUGUACUGCAUUUAUUGUACAUUUGAAAUAAAGCUGAAUAAUUGCUCUUA